AUGUCGGCCGACGCCAUCAUGGCGGAGUUUGGUUCUGCCGCUCCUUUCCUCCGGAAAUCGGACAAGGAGCGUCUGGAGGCUCAGACUCGACCCUUUGACAUGAAGAAGGAGUGUUUUGUUCCUGAUCCUGAGAUGGAGUACGUUAAAGGCUCCAUCACCAGCAGAGACGGAGACAAAGCCACCGUCCAAACCGAGCACGGAAAAACUGUAACGGUGAAGGAGGCAGACAUCCACCCUCAGAACCCGCCCAAGUUCGACAAGAUCGAAGACAUGGCCAUGUUCACCUUCCUCCAUGAACCUGCUGUUCUGUUUAACCUCAAAGAGCGUUACGCAGCCUGGAUGAUUUAUACCUACUCUGGACUGUUCUGUGUGACCGUUAAUCCUUACAAAUGGCUGCCGGUCUACGAUCAGUCGGUGGUCGCCGCCUACAGAGGGAAGAAGAGGACUGAAGCCCCUCCCCACAUUUACUCUAUCUCUGACAACGCCUACCAGUACAUGUUGGCAGACAGAGAAAACCAGUCAAUCCUCAUCACUGGAGAAUCUGGUGCAGGAAAGACUGUGAACACUAAGAGGGUCAUCCAGUACUUUGCCAGUAUCGCUGCUGUUUCAGGCAAGAAGGAUGCGACUCAAGAGAAAAAGGGAACCUUGGAGGAUCAAAUCAUCCAGGCCAACCCUGCUCUGGAGGCUUUUGGAAACGCCAAGACCAUCAGAAACGACAACUCUUCAAGAUUUGGUAAAUUCAUCCGAAUCCACUUUGGAGUCAGCGGGAAGUUAGCGUCGGCCGAUAUCGAGACAUAUCUGCUGGAGAAGUCCCGUGUCACUUAUCAGCUAAAGGCUGAGAGAGACUACCACAUCUUCUACCAGAUUCUGUCCCAACAGAAACCAGAGCUGUUGGACAUGCUGCUAAUCACCAACAACCCUUACGACUACGCCUACAUCUCCCAAGGAGAGACGACCGUGGCCUCCAUCAACGACUCUGAGGAGCUAAUGGCGACCGAUGAUGCGUUCGACGUCCUGGGCUUCACCCAAGAGGAGAAGAACGGCAUCUACAAGCUCACCGGGGCCAUAAUGCAUUAUGGGAACAUGAAGUUCAAACAGAAGCAGCGAGAGGAGCAGGCCGAGCCCGACGGCACCGAGGACGUGGACAAAGUAGCGUACCUGAUGGGUCUGAACUCGGCCGAUCUCAUCAAGGGUCUGUGUCACCCCAGGGUGAAAGUGGGCAACGAGUGGGUCACCAAAGGACAGAAUGUACAACAGGUGUACUACUCCAUCGGUGCUCUGGCGAAGUCGGUGUAUGAGAAGAUGUUCUUGUGGAUGGUGGUGAGGAUCAACCAGUCCCUGGACACCAAACAGCCUCGGCAGUACUUCAUUGGCGUGUUGGACAUCGCUGGGUUUGAGAUCUUCGAUUUCAACACCUUCGAACAACUGUGCAUCAACUACACCAACGAGAAGCUGCAGCAGUUCUUCAACCACCACAUGUUCGUGUUGGAACAAGAAGAGUACAAGAAGGAGGGCAUCGUGUGGGAGUUCAUCGACUUCGGCAUGGAUUUAGCCGCCUGCAUUGAGCUCAUCGAGAAGCCCAUGGGCAUCAUGUCCAUCCUUGAAGAGGAGUGCAUGUUCCCCAAAGCCAGCGACGCCACCUUUAAAGCCAAGCUGUACGACAACCAUCUGGGUAAAAGCCCCAACUUCCAGAAGCCCCGGGUCGUCAAAGGCAAGGCCGAGGCUCACUUCUCCUUGGUCCACUACGCCGGGACGGUCGACUACAACAUCAGCAACUGGCUGGUGAAGAACAAAGACCCGCUCAACGAGACGGUGGUGGGACUGUACCAGAAGUCCACCCUCAAGUUACUGUCCAUGCUGUUUAUCGGAUACGCCGGUGCAGACUCAGCUCAGGAUGCAGGAGGCAAAGGAAAGGGAGGAAAGAAGAAAGGCUCUUCCUUCCAGACUGUGUCAGCGCUGCACAGGGAGAAUCUGAACAAACUGAUGACCAACCUGAGGUCCACUCAUCCCCACUUCGUCCGCUGCCUCAUCCCCAACGAAACCAAGACUCCUGGGGUGAUGGAGAACCCUCUGGUGAUGCACCAGCUGAGGUGUAACGGGGUCCUGGAAGGCAUCAGGAUCUGCAGGAAGGGGUUCCCCAACAGGGUCCAGUAUGGAGACUUUAAACAAAGAUAUCGCAUCCUGAACCCUAACGCCAUUCCUGAGGGUCAGUUCAUCGACAACAAAAAAGCAGCAGAGAAGCUUCUGGGUUCUCUGGACAUCGACCAUGAACAGUACAAACUGGGACACACAAAGGUGUUCUUUAAGGCUGGUCUUCUUGGCGUCCUGGAGGAGAUGAGAGACGACCGCCUCGCUCUCAUCAUCACCGGAAUUCAAGCGAGAUCCAGAGGAUUACUCGCCAGGAUCGAGUUCCAGAAAAUAGUUGAGCGGAGGGAUGCUUUACUGGUGAUCCAGUGGAAUGUCCGAGCCUUCAUGGGGGUCAAGAAUUGGCCCUGGAUGAAGAUGUUCUUCAAGAUCAAACCUCUCCUGAAGUCAGCAGAGACUGAGAAGGAGAUGGCGAACAUGAAGGAGGAGUUCACCAAGCUCAAAGACGCCUUCGCUAAAGCUGAAUCUCGCAAGAAGGAGCUGGAGGAGAAAAUGGUGACGCUCCUCCAGGAGAAGAACGACCUGCAGCUCCAAGUCCAAUCUGAACAAGACAAUCUUGCAGAUGCUGAGGAACGCUGCGAAGGUCUGAUCAAAAGUAAGAUCCAACUGGAGGCCAAAGUCAAAGAGCUGUCGGAGAGACUGGAGGACGAGGAGGAGAUGAACGCCGAGCUGACCGCCAAGAAGAGGAAGCUGGAGGACGAGAGCUCGGAGCUGAAGAAGGACAUCGAUGAUCUGGAGCUGACUCUGGCCAAGGUGGAGAAGGAAAAGCACGCCACGGAGAACAAGGUUAAAAACCUGACUGAGGAGAUGGCAGCUUUGGAUGAAAUCAUCGCCAAACUGACCAAAGAGAAGAAAGCUCUUCAGGAAGCUCAUCAGCAAACUCUGGACGACCUGCAGAGCGAAGAGGACAAAGUCAACUGUCUGACCAAGGCCAAAGUCAAACUGGAGCAGCAAGUGGACGACCUUGAAGGUUCAUUGGAGCAAGAGAAGAAAGUGAGGAUGGAUCUGGAAAGAGCCAAGAGGAAACUGGAGGGGGAUCUGAAAUUAAGCCAAGAAAAUGUGAUGGAUCUGGAGAACGACAAGCAGCAGCUGGAGGAGAAGCUCAAAAAAAAGGACUUCGAGAUCAGCCAGCAGCUCAGUAAAAUUGAAGACGAGCAGGCGAUAGGAGCUCAACUCCAGAAAAAACUGAAAGAACUCCAGGCCCGUAUUGAGGAGCUGGAGGAGGAGCUGGAGGCCGAGCGAGCCGCCCGGGCCAAGGUGGAGAAACAGAGGGCCGACCUGGCCCGAGAGCUGGAGGAGAUCAGCGAGAGGCUGGAGGAGGCCGGAGGAGCCACCGCCGCCCAGAUCGAGAUGAACAAGAAGAGGGAGGCCGAGUUCCAGAAGGUCCGCCGAGACCUGGAGGAGGCCACGCUGCAGCACGAGGCCACGGCCGCCGCUCUGAGGAAGAAGAACGCCGACAGCGUGGCCGACCUGGGCGAGCAGAUCGACAACCUGCAGAGAGUCAAACAGAAACUGGAGAAGGAGAAGAGCGAACUGAGGCUGGAGCUGGACGACGUGGUGUCCAACAUGGAGCAGGUCGUCAAGUUCAAAACCAACCUGGAGAAAAUGUGUCGAACCCUGGAGGAUCAGAUGUCUGAAUUCAAGACAAAGGCAGAGGAAGGACAGCGCAGCAACAACGACCUCUCCAUGCAAAAAGCAAAACUCCAGACUGAAAAUGGUGAACUUAGCCGACAGCUGGAGGAGAAGGACUCUUUAGUGUCUCAGCUGACCAGAGGGAAACAGUCCUUCACACAGCAGAUCGAAGACCUCAAGAGACAACUGGAGGAGGAAGUCAAGGCCAAGAAUGCACUGGCCCAUGCCGUGCAGUCAUCUCGCCAUGACUGCGACCUGUUGAGGGAACAGUUUGAGGAGGAGCAGGAGGCCAAAGCCGAGCUCCAGAGAGGCAUGUCCAAGGCCAACUCUGAGGUGGCUCAGUGGAGAACCAAGUACGAAACUGACGCCAUCCACAGGACGGAAGAGCUGGAGGAGGCCAAGAAAAAGCUAGCUCAACGCUUGCAAGAUGCAGAAGAAGCUGUUGAAGCAGCGAAUGCCAAAUGUUCAUCCCUGGAGAAAACCAAACACAGGCUUCAGGGUGAGAUUGAAGAUCUCAUGGUGGAUGUGGAGAGAUCGAACGCUGCCGCUGCAGCUCUGGACAAGAAACAAAGAAACUUUGACAAGGUCCUGUCUGAGUGGAAGCAGAAGUAUGAGGAGUCUCAGGCGGAGCUGGAAGCUGCUCAGAAAGACGCUCGUUCCCUCAGCACCGAGCUCUUCAAACUGAAGAACUCCUACGAAGAGUCUCUGGAUCACCUGGAGACCCUGAAGCGAGAGAACAAGAAUCUCCAAGAGGAAAUUUCUGACCUGACUGAGCAACUGGGUGAGGGAGGAAAGAGCAUCCAUGAACUGGAGAAGAUACGGAAGCAGCUGGAGCAGGAGAAGGGCGAGAUACAAACGGCUCUGGAGGAAGCUGAGGGCUCUUUGGAACACGAAGAGGGUAAAAUCCUUCGCGUUCAGCUAGAAUUCAGUCAGGUGAAGGCUGAAAUUGAGCGAAAACUGAGCGAGAAGGACGAGGAGAUGGAGCAGGCCAAGCGUAACCAUCAGAGGGUGGUGGACACUCUGCAGAGCUCGCUGGAGGCGGAGACUCGCAGCAGGAACGAAGCUCUGAGGAUUAAGAAGAAGAUGGAAGGAGACCUGAAUGAGAUGGAGAUCCAGCUGAGCCAGGCCAACAGGCAGGCAGCCGAAGCCCAGAAACAGCUGAAGGGGGUCCACGCCCACCUCAAGGACUCUCAGCUGCAGCUGGACGAUGCCCUCCGAGCCGGUGAAGACCUUAAGGAGAACAUCGCCAUCGUGGAAAGACGAAACAACCUGCUGCAGUCGGAACUGGACGAGCUGAGGUCUGUGGUGGAGCAGACGGAGCGAGGUCGCAAACUGGCCGAACAGGAGCUGCUGGACGUCAGCGAGCGAGUCCAGCUGCUGCACUCCCAGAACACCAGUUUGCUGAACCAGAAGAAGAAGCUGGAGGGAGACUCAGCUCAGCUCCAGAAUGAGGUGGAGGAGGCGGUGCAGGAGUGCAGAAACGCCGAGGAGAAGGCCAAGAAGGCCAUCACCGACGCCGCCAUGAUGGCCGAGGAGCUGAAGAAGGAGCAGGACACCAGCGCCCACCUGGAGAGGAUGAAGAAGAACAUGGAGCAGACCAUCAAAGACCUGCAGCACCGUCUGGACGAAGCCGAGCAGAUCGCCAUGAAGGGAGGCAAGAAGCAGGUCCAAAAGCUGGAGGCCAGGGUCAGAGAGUUGGAAACCGAGGUGGACCUGGAGCAGAGGAAGAGCACCGACUCUGUCAAAGGCAUUCGCAAGUACGAGAGAAGAAUCAAAGAGCUCACCUACCAGACGGAGGAGGACAAGAAGAACCUGAGUCGCCUUCAGGACCUGGUGGAUAAACUGCAGCUCAAGGUUAAAUCCUACAAACGAUCUGCAGAAGAGGCGGAGGAACAGGCCAACGUGAACCUCAGCAAGUUACGCAAGUUACAGCACGAGUUGGAGGAGGCGGAGGAGAGGGCGGACAUCGCAGAGUCGCAGGUCAACAAGCUGAGAGCGAAGAGCCGCGACUCUGGUGCUAAGAAAGCACACGAUGAAGAGUGA